UGGCUGAGCCACAGCGACAACAACUAGACGCCACACGGGCUAUUCCGGGCUGUGGGGCGACGAACUUCGCAGCGGGGCCGCAGUCUCCGCUCCUGCGUUCGCACGAGACGUUCCGGGCGCUGCUUGGAGGCCUCGGCGACUCGUGAGGACGCCGCCCGCCGCAUUUUUCCUGGCCGGGGGAGACGCUAUGAGCAGGAAACGACUCAUCACCGAUUCUUUCCAAGUGGUGAAAAAGGAAGGAGGCAGGGAAGAAAGAAAAGCGGCUCAGGCUCCGAGCCCACCGCAGGACUUAGUUCAAGCAGAAUCUCACUUACAAGAUACUGCACAACCUGAUCAGCUGGAAAUACUGAAGCAGUUUGAUCUCAACUGGCAAUAUGGUCCGUGCAGUGGAAUUACCCGUAUGCAGCGCUGGGAACGAGCCAAAUUUUUAGGACUCAAUCCCCCUACAACUGUGCAGGAUUUGCUCCUGAAGUAUAAUAAGGACCCUUUUGUUAUAUAUAGCUUGUGGCAUGAAUAUACCCUCUGAAAAGAACAACUGUUGCUACCUGA